AAUAUAGAUACUCAUGCCCGUCAAAUGCGAUGCAGAAAUAUCAGGAGACAGCCGCGUACAACGCAUCCAGCGGGCGGCGCACGCAGAGGGCGAUGAUAGCAGACACAGACAGACAGCAGACGCUGAGACUGAGACGCGGGCAGAAGCAGAAACGUGCCUCCUAAAAUGUCGCCCUCCCUCGCCGCCGUCGCAAGCCAAAAGAUUCUCUCCAUCUCACGGCCGACAAUAAAAAAAAUACUCCUACUAGUAGGAAGAAAAGAAAAAAAAAACAGAAGAAAGCAGUCCAGCCUGCCUCUGCCUGUUUCGUGUGUCUGAGGAUCUCCUGAUCUCCUUCCUCCCUGUCCUUCUCCUCCCCUCCCCGGCUACGGAGGUGCUGGUGGGUGCUACGGAGGAGUACUACGACGACGACGGCGAGGAGGAGGUAAGAAGCACCACCACCGUACCUUGCUCUCUUCUCUUGUUGGGAAUCGUCCUGGUGUUGAGUUGCCUGGAGCUGGAUUCGCUCCCUCGUUCAUUCAUUCCUCUCGCUCAUCGUGCCCCGUCUUCGAGUUCGAGCAAAGCGAAAGCAAAUCGCGGUCGUUAAUUCCGAGAUCGAUCCGUGUCGAGUUUUCCGGGCCCAAGCUGGAAAGAUUCGGCAAGUACAUCUGAUCUUGUAGCAUAUACUAGUGUUGUACACUGUCCUCCCAUGCCCCAGCUAGUGGCUUGCUUUCCUGCAACAAGUGAACCCACAUCCUCCUCACCUCAGCAGCCUCACCGCCCAUCGCAGACUCUGCGCGGCUGCUGACAAAGAGUGCAGAAUUGCCAAGACUAGUACGCCGACGACCACCAGCAGCAGCUGUCCGGGUUCCAUGGAGGGCGGCGACGGCGAGACGACGCUGUCCGGGUUCGGCGUCGGCGGCGUGGACACCAAGGUGCUGCACGCGUUCCAGACCAGCUUCGUGCAGGUGCAGACGCUGCUGGACCAGAACCGCCUCCUGAUCAGCGAGAUCAACCACAACCACGAGUCCAAGGUGCCCGGCGACCUCUCCCGCAACGUCGGCCUCAUCAGGGAGCUCAACAACAACAUCCGCCGCGUCGUCGACCUCUACGCCGACCUCUCCUCGCUCUUCGCCGCAUCCGACGGCGCGUCCGAGGGCGGGUCCGUCGGCACCGUCCGCCAGGCGGGCGCCGCCGGACACAAGAGGAUCAGGUCCGGCCUCGACUGACCUGUUUAAUUAGGCAGCUUCCAGAUCAACCAACCCCUUCGUCUUGUCUUAGCUUAGUACCUGUACCAGUACAGUAGCUAUAUCAUGCCAGUAGUGCCACCACCAGCCAGGGACCUCCCUUUUCAUUUUUGACUUGAGCUCAUCUUCUCAAUUGCAUCUGUCCACGACGUACGCUAUAUAUAUAUCUAUCCAUAUUAUCUCCUCUGCUACAAUUAAUUAAUUACUCCCAUUUUCUUGUUGCUA